CGAUUAGGAGUCGAUCCAUCGGGGCGGUCCAACAUACAUGUUUGCAUAUUUUUCCAAUCUCAGUCCUUCCGCAGCACGGAGGAGCGCAGUUAGCGGCGAACCUGACGACAAAUGCCUGAUUUUGUUAAAUUAUUUUUUCUUUUCUUUACGGGAGAUCAAAAAGAAAGACAACUGGGUGUGCAGAAAUUUUCCUGACUGUAAGAAAGUGCGACAUAGGUGUGUUUUUUGGGGGGGAAGACAUGGCCGAUGAUAGCGAGUGGGUCUUGGAGAGCAUCGCCGGGUAUCUGGGGAGUCCUGAGUGGGUUAUUCCGGUCACUGACUUCAUGGAGAACAAAUGCACAGUUUUCGAUGACGAAGAUGAAAAUAAACUGACCUACACUGAAAUCCACCAGCAGUAUAAGCAACUGGUAGAGAAUCUUCUGGAAAAUUACAUGCGGGAUGUCGGGAUCAACGAGCAGCAGUUCUUUGAAGCGUGUUCCUCUCCCUAUGCCAGAUCCAAAGCACUUCAGGCGGUGUUCCAGCCUGUGCUGGCCACAGACGACUUCCAGAUGUUCCGUUCCCUGAUGGCGCAGAAGAACGUGGAGCUCCAGCUGCAGGCUCUGCGGGUCAUUAAGGAGAGGAACGGUGCCCUGCCUGAGUGUCUGACAGAUGGGACAGAUGUGGUGAGUGAGCUGGAGCAGCAGGAGCUGAGGAUCCUCCAGGAGGUGCUGAAGAGGUCAAAGGAGGAGUACGAUCUGGAGCUGGCACGUAGGGACAUGUUGCAGGAGGAGCAGCUGGAGCUCGGCUCGACCUCCACGGGCAGCUCAGACGGGGGGCCAGCAGACGCGGAGCAGCGGGCCCACCGAGCUGAGCCAGCGAGUGUUUUGCCCAUGAAGAAGCAAGACGGCGAGGCCUGCAGAGAACAUGGUGUACAGAAGAGCCAGACUACAGUCAGUCCUGCUGUCCCAGCCAAGAUGCUUCCAGGAGAGGACGGUCUCAGCCCCAAGGUGCUGCCUGCCAUCAGGGUUCCAAUGAAGGGGGUGGAGCUUCCAACACCGCCGCUACAGGUUGAACGCAAGGAGAAGGUGGGCCAGCAGGCCGCCGAGGCCUGGCUGGAAGAAGCUCGCAUGGAGGCGGGCAUUUCCAAGCCGUUUACGGAGCUGACGGUGGUCCAGCAGGACCAGCUCCAGCAGAGAGCACAGUACCUGAGGCAGCAAAGGGACAAGCUCCAGGCCCUCAAGAAAGAGCAAAAGCCCAAAACCGCUGCACCGGAGGAGAACCGACACAGCCCACCUCCAGCGCCCAGCCCACCGGCCGACGUCCCCACGAGGAAUGUUAGCACUAAUGUUGGGCGUGAUGAGACGGGUGGUGUCUCGUGCACCAUGGGGUCACCCCAGGGGGUACAGAAGAAAAAGGAGGUCUCAGUGGAAGAGAGGAAGAGGCUCCAAAAAAGGAAGCACUUGGCAGAGAAGCUCAAAGAGGAGGUCAUCAAGAAGUGAGCUGUGCAUACUUUUCCCCCGGAAGGACAAUCUUUUUUUGUUCCAAGGGAACCUUGGAAAUCCACCUCGGGCGGAGGGUGUUCCUGGCUGCGGUGCUCAAGGCCAGAGGAACAGCGUGCUUCUCAAAUGUACAAAUGCAGUAUUGAAUAGCUAGUCAACUGAGCAACUAACUUACUGGUUCUGUACAAACGACCUGUAUGCUGUUAAUUUUAUAUUCCAGCUGCAAUAGAGAUCUGUUUGAACCACAGAUGCCUCUGACGGAUUACAGUACAAGUACAGACUGUAAGGCAAAUCGCUCCCUUUAAUUCUCAAGUGACUGAGUGUAUGGAUAGUACCACAAAGCUGUUGUACUUCGUCUUCUCAGCAUGGUUUCCUUCCUGGUCAACAAACCAUUAUUUUGUCAGGACAUUGCUGGAACUUUUGUACCUGGAAUUGCAUGUUAACUGUAGAAUGUUUCACACCUGUAAAAAGCUGCCAGUUGCGUAUCGUA